AUGUGCCACCAUACUUACCACCACUACCCCUCCUGCGGGCACAUCUCCAACUGGAGUAUGACCAGCUGCCAGGAGUAUACCAACAAGCUCCUUCUGGCGGGCCCAGAGCACAGCGCUCCAUGCGAGGUCGUCCACAGCUCCCACGAUAUUCUCCAGUCAACCCAGCCGCCCAUGUGCGUACAGUGCGAGUCUAAUUGGGUAUACAGCAUCACGCAUGGCGAGAUGCAAGAGCCCAUCGAGAGCCAGAUCCAGUCAGGAUACAUGAUCGAGAUCAAUGCACGCAUGGUGAGUACUUUCGACACAGAUUCCAAGGGUGAUGCCGACGAUAGGGACGUAAGAAGCACCGACCACAGCGACAAUGGUCCGGUCUUGCUACGUGCUAUUGGCGGUGGCGAUGGAGACUUAGGGAGUUCUGGUCACAGCGACAAUGGUCAGGAUUUCCUAAGUGCUAUCGCAUGCGACGAGGACGCAAAUUGUUCGGACCAUAGUGACAAUGAGCAGGUUUUCUCGAGCGCUAUCCAUGGUUUGGGUAUUUGCGAGGAUUGUUCGAAGCGGGCGUCUUGGACGUUCGAUUUCGCUUCGAAUUCGGACCUGGAGUUUGUGCCUGUCAACAAUGUGGAGUCCUGCGAGGACUCAGCGUAUUCUGAAGACCAGAGUGUCUACUACUAUAGCUUCUAUGACGACAGUGUUUCAAGCGACGAGGAAGACGAAGACGAAGACGAAGACGAAGAAGCUUCGUGUAGAUCUUGGGAUGGAGAGGAGGAGGCUUCAAACCCCUAUCUGUGCCCGGACAUGGACUGGGACAGUUUGAACGUCGAAACAUUCGGUCACCACUCAAGCAACCAUCUUGCAGAGAUUGAGAUUGCGCAGGCUGAACCGGAGGAAGCUCAGACCACAGAAAUACGCGAUCAUCUUCUGCAAGAUGAGAUCCCUGCAAAGACCCAGAACUGCGAGGACGAUCCCCUGGACGAUCUUUUAGAAAUUCGACUCAUCAGCAUCCAGGAACGGAUUCAAGCGACCGUUCGCCGACGCAUAGAGGAGGAAAACGAAAAACAACAACGGCAAGUGAACAUUUCCAGGCUUCUCGACGCUGCCCUUCUAGAAAAAGACAAGAACGAUCGGCGCGAACGUGAGGCCGCGCAGGGAAUUGAAGAGGACCCACACCUCUGGGACACCGAGUCAAUGGAACAAUUCCCAGCGGGGCCCUUCGAAAUCUACGAAGACGCCAGCGAUAUUUCUCCACGCAGCCCGGUAAAGACUAAUUCGAGAUCAGGAUCCCUGGGACCGCAACCCAGAAUGCACAUUUACCAGGGAACCAUGUUCGCCGCUAGCGAAGCACAAGCACACCAGAAGGGCCUCCGGGAGAUCCGACCAUACUUGGACCACGCAGGUGAGUGGGAAGGGCAGAUGCGCGCAUUUUCCGCAGAUGACGCAAAUGAAAUGGGUCUGCUGGACCCAGUCCAUUUGCGCGGGUGCUGCGAUGAGCGCCCGGCCGAAAGGCACGCUUAUUGGGGACUGAUGCACGCAGAAUCAGAGCACGAGGCCGAGACGAGACAUUUGGAAAAUAUCCAGCGCGUACCUGGCUUCAAUAAUCAGUUCUACGGCACUAUUCAGGCGGAGAACCUGGCGCACGCUAGAGAAAUGGGCGUUUCGAAUCCGCAACAUCUUUGGGGCUGUUGUAAGGAUGGCUUGGUGGAUAUGCCACUCGCAGUGAAACACCGCUACAAUGGGGUGAUGAGUGCAAUCUCCCAAGAGGAUGUCGAAAAUAGGGGGUUGCUGGACGCGCAGCCUGUAUCUGGGGAUGGUGAUUAUUAUGGAGGACUUUAUUAUGGACAUGUAGUGGUGGACUGCGAAUUAGAGGCCUGGAUUAUGGGGCUGAGGAAGAUUGAGCACGAUGACGGCUGUUGUGCCGCGGCAGAAGCCGAGGCAGAAGCUGGGGUGGCUGAAGCUGAAGCUGGAGCUGAAGCUGGAGCUGACGUUGGGUUAGAUGUGGAUGCGCUGCUCCCGAACGCGCUUUACACGUUUUACGGGUACAUGUUUGCAGACACGGAACAGGAUCUCGUCGACCGGGGACUUCAAAGCGCGCUUUUGGUGCCGGGAUACACGCAGAAAUACUCAGGCAAUCUUCAAGCGGGUUCAGCAGAAGAAGCUAACGCGAUGGGGUUGAUUGGAGCUUCGCGUAUCGAGUGGAGUGGAGACCUGUUGUAG